CAAGGGACGAUUCACUUGUCGAGAGCGAGAACAUCUCUGCAACAGGAAGGCUGGAGUGAAGGAGGAGGUCGUCAGCGUGUUCCUGAAAUCUUGGGUGCCAAGGCGAACCUCGGCAACAUCAGCCCUCUACUCCUCGAGACGGCACGCCGUGCGCGCGUAGCAUCACCGCACACCACUUUCGCUAGGAAUGCCUGCUGGCCCGCUAGGAAACCCGCCGCCGCAGGCGACGAAACGAAGAGGCACUACGGGCGACGGGGACAGAGAUGUAGGCGUCGACAGGGACGAACAAGAAGCCUUGAGCGAGGGGGAGGCGGUGGCGAGAGGGCUAGCGGAGGAGCGGAUGAACCGCACGCUGUCGCUGCCGGAGUGCCCGUGCCUGCGCCAGCCGCGGGUCGUCAGCUACGCCGAGGUCGGCGACCCCAAGGGCUUCGUUGCGUUCUUCAUCCUGGGGGUGGACUCUCACCGUUACAUGUCGUUCCUGCUGGACAAGCCUGCCAGAGCCAGGGGGGUCCGGCUGCUCUGCCUUGACCGGCCGGGGAGGGGAAGAACGAGCGACUUCGAGGACGAAAAGGCAAAUCGCAUCCUCGAGUUUCCGGAGAUAUUGAGGCACUUCUGCGUAGAGGCGGGGAUCAAGUGCUUCUCGUUAGUGGGGCAGUCACUCGGUGCGAGCUACGCGUUGCGCUGUGCACAGGAAAUGCCUGACAGGGUGGCGACAACCGUGUACCUCAUCAGCCCCUGGGUGCCGCUAUCCGUCCCUGGAUCCAGCCGGGCCCUCGCCACGGUGGAAAAGUUACCAGAGUGGGUAAUCAAGACCGGGAUGGCCAUGGGUAGCGCCAUGCCUCGACUGCUGGCGGCUGCGGGAGGCCUUGGCCUGAUGGUGAAGGGGUGCAGCGAGGGAGAGAGCCCGAUGGCCGGGUCUCAGACAACGGCCGAGGUGCUCAAGGCGGUCGGGAGCGCGGGAGAGCAGACCCACGGGGUGGCGAUGGACGCCCUUGCCGCCCUCGAGAAGACCCAGCCGCUGGGGUUCGACUACCGAGACGUGUCCAUGCCCGUGCACGUCUUCCACGGGAGGGCGGACCACAUGGUCCCGUUUCCCGCGGCCCAAUGGAUGGCGGAGGAGAUGCUGGCGUGUACGGUGUCUGUGAAGAUGGGGGGAACGCACGCCCUGAUCAUGGACAGCGGUGUGGUGGACUGCGUGCUGGAGUGCAUGUGCGAGGACUUCAAACACUUCGAGGAACACGCUGCGAGCCGUCGGUUGAAGAAGCGCCCGCCCUCUGAAUCGAAAUCCUCCACGGGAAAGGUGCCUGAAGCCGCCUUCAGCUUUCCCGCCCACACUCAGCACUUCCAGGCGAAGGGGGUGCUACGAUGUCGAGAAGGCGUGCUUAUCAAGAGCUGGGAAGAGAGGUACUUCGUCUUGGAUGGCUUCGAGCUUUACCAGUUUGACGGGCCGGACAGCGCAACAGCCCGCCGAGUGGUCGACCUCCGAGGAAGCGUCGCCAAGAUUCGGGCGGGCGACGCCGAAGUGCUGUGCCGCGAACGCUCCGCUUCGACCCAACAUCGAUUGUUCCCUUUCAAGCUGUACGACGCCAAGCAUCGCUUGCUGCACGAGCUGGCCGCGAAAAGCACCGGGGAUCGGUCAUCCUGGGUGGGAACCCUCACCAAGGCCUCGCGAUUCUCGGCAGGAUCGGGGGACGAUCGACGGCAGGCCGCGCUCAACAAAGGUUUCCUCGUGACAACGACGAGGGCGGCAACGGCGGCGGGCGGCGGCACGGGGGGCGGGGGGCAUUGAGGAACAGGGGCAGUGAAACGGAGACGGCAGGAUAACUGAAGGCGGAAAGAAGGUCAGCCUUUUUUCUAUUUGAAUGCUUGUAAGCUCUAUUGGUCGUCUAUGCAGCAUUAUGUUUGUUGCUCUUGGCUCUGCUGUGCUCUGUCUGAGCGGUUGCCCUCGCGAAUGCGUUCCGUGCGUCAUGUGGCAUCGAUGUUGCUGACGUUUCCCCUCGUGUACAGGCGUGAACGCUUGCUGCAAUUCGACAACCCCCAUCUACCCGUCCAACCACGCUUGGCCAUCCAUGCACGCAGGUCUCCAGUCCUUCACCGUGACGCACCUCCGAGCCGAGGCCGGCGUUUGGCUCACGCCACUCUUCAUGUGCGUGGGAGUGCGGGGAGUGAUCUAAGGGCUGGCUGUAAGUGGGGCAACCAUUCCGGGGGAGGUUAUUUCACUAGGGAUCUCUUGCGGCGGGCACCGUUCCGGAAGAAUAGGGUGGGGAAAGGGGGAGGAGGGGGGGAGGGGGAACAGGAAGGCCUCGGUCAAGUUUGACGUGUACGUAUUGUGGCUCUUGAUUAGAAGUGUGACGUGGUUGGCUAUGGUGCAGGGCGAUGAAUUUGACGUGGUUUUGGGCGUCCCAUUAGUUUUGUGGGCGUCCCGUGAGUUGAGUGCUGUGGGCGAUUUCGGUGGUAGUUUGGCUGUGCUCUGUGCUUAUUAGACGUGGUCGUUAGAGCGGAUGCUACUUUUUGCUGCACCCCCUCCAAUCAGGUGCGAGAUGUGUAUCCAUGUAUUUAUUGCUUGCCGAGAUCCGGUUCCGUGUUUUCGGUGUUGUGGGUCGAAGUGAGGUGGGAUAUGUUAGCUCGGGCCUGCUUUCGUCGCGACGCAACGAUCUUCAGGCGCGCUCCAUGCCCAGUUCGCGGCGGUCUGAAGAAGAGCUGCUGAACGGGGCGGCUUCAGGUAGCGAACGGGCAGGGGAGAUCGACUUAAGGCGUGCGUGCCACAUGCGCGCAUGGUAGGUGCGUGGCGUCCAGAGGGACCCGUGUUUAUUUCUGCUUGGAAGUUGGGUUGUUUCCGUUUCGUGGCGCAAGCUCGGAAAACAUUUGUGUGGUAAAUUAAAUCAUGAUGCUCGUUUGGUGUGGUAGAGGUACAAUCAUAUGGUAAUUCCCCUUUGGCACGAGGCUGACUGCUCACGCGGUGUUCUGGGACCGUUCUUUUUUUUUGCAUCUGGGCGAGCGAUCAAUCCUUUCACAAAACUGGUGUGCCUGAACACGCCUUUGCAAGAAACUGA